AUGAUUCACGAUGCUUAUGGAUACACUAAUGUGGCAGAUGAUAAUAAUUUUUCAGAGGAUAAUGAAGAGCCAAAUAUACAUGCAACAAAGUUCUACAAAUUAUUAGAAGAUGCCCAGAUAGAACUUUAUCCUGGUUGUAGUAAAGUUUCAAAGUUAUCUUUUGUUGUUAAACUACUUCACUUGAAAUGUCUUAACCAAUGGAGCAUCAAAUCGAUGGAUGAAUUGUUGAGCUUUUUGAAAAAAGUUCUUCCGGAGGGGUCAUUUGUACCAAAUUCUUUCUAUGAAGCGAAGAAAGUUCUUCGUGACCUAGGCUUGGGGUACAACAAAAUAGAUGCAUGUCAGAAUGAUUGUAUUUUAUAUUGGCGCGACUAUGCCAAUGCUCAAUCAUGUCCUAAGUGUGGUAAGUAUAGAUGGAAGUCAGACGAACAAAAAGGAAAGAAAGUAGCUUGUAAAGUAUUGCGACAUUUUCCAAUCAAACCAAGGCUUCAGAGAUUGUACAUGGCAAAAGAGACAGCAAAAAAGAUGAGGUGGCACAAGGAAGAAAAUAUUGAUGAUGGUGUCUUACGACAUCCGUCCGACUCCAUUUCCUGGAAAUCCUUUGAUGAGCGACAUCCCACCUUUUCAGCUGAAUUAAGAAAUGUUCGAUUAGGUUUAGCAAGUGACGGGUUCCAACCUUUUGGUAACAUGAGUGCCAAUCAUAGUAUUUGGCCAGUCGUACUAGCUACAUAUAAUUUACCACCAUGGGACUACAUGAAGGAUUCAUAUUUUAUGAUGACACUUCUUAUUCCAGGACCCGAGUGUCCAGGAUGGUCAACGAAAGGCAAGCUUGCAUGCCCUUGUUGCCACAAAGACACAAAAUCAUUUUCUUUACGUAAUAAGUCGUGUUAUAUGAGCCAUCGUCGCUUUCUCCCAAUAGAUCAUCCAUGGCGCCGAAAUAGGAGGAAAUUUGAUGGGAAGGUAGAAAAUGGGGUUGCACCUAAUCCUUUAAUAGGCGAUGAAGCACUUAUACAAUUCCAAGGGUUGGGAAAUAUUAGUUAUGGGAAGGGGAAAAAGCGAAAACGUGAUUUUCCAAAAAGUGCUUACAAUUGGAGGAAGAAAAGUAUUUUUUUUCAAUUGCCUUAUUGGAGUACUCUUUUGUUACGGCAUAACCUUGAUGUAAUGCAUAUUGAGAGAAAUGUGUCCGAUAAUAUUAUAUUAACCGUGAUGAAUAUGGUUGGAAAGACAAAGGACACACUAAAAAGUAGAUAUGAUUUGGUGGACCUUGGUAUUAGGCAAGAGUUGCAUCCGAUAGAGGAUGGGGAUAAUGUAUUAUUACCUGCAGCAUGUUAUGCAUUGUCCUCAGAAGAGAAGUUGAAGUUAUGCAAUUUCUUGGCUAAUUUGAAGGUUCCUGAUGCAUUUUCAUCAAACUUUUCAAGAUGUGUCAACGUACUUGAAAAAAAGAUUUAUGGAUUGAAAAGUCAUGAUCACCAUGUAUUAUUGCAAGACAUUCUCCCAGUUGCAAUACGUGGUUUAUUGCCUAAGGCAGUGUGUGAACCAAUUAUAGAGCUAGGCAAAUUUUUCAAAAAUGAGGCUGAAUGUGCAUGCACAUUAUGCAAACUAGAAAUUGUUUUUCCUCCAGCGUUCAUUGAUGUCAUGGUUCAUUUGCCAAUUCACUUGGCAAGAGAGGCAAAACUUGGUGGACCAGCUCAAUUUCGAUGGAUGUAUCCUUUUGAGAGGUAUUUGCGAACACAAAAGUCAUAUGUCCGCAACAAUACUCGUCCUGAAGGUUCAAUUGCAGAAGGUUAUUUGGCAACGAAAAGUCUCACAUUUUGCUCACGAUACUUAAAGAAUAUCUCAACCAAGUUCAAUAAACCAGCUAGAAAUGAUGAUGGUUCCGUGUCAAAUAGUGAGAUGUCUAUCUUUAAGAAAAGUGGGCAAACAAAAGGUGGUUCAGAAGGCAUCAGGUUAUCUCAUGAUGAGUUCAAACAAGCUUGUAUGUAUCUGCUUCAAAAUUGUGAAGAGUGGCUCGGCAACACAUCUGAAGAGAACGAGCAUCCUUUGCCUAGAGAUGAGAUUUUAUCUGCCGUUCUCGGUGAGAGAACAGGCUAUGUUCGUGGUAAGGGGUACGGAAAGAAGCCUCCAAAAAAGAGUCACAUUCAAGCAGCAAACUUAGAGGCUAGUGUGUCUUCUGCUAUGGCAACUGUGCGUCAAGAAAUGCAAGCUGAGAUGGGUCGAAAGUUGCAAGAAGAACGUGAACAAAUGGCUGCCGAAUUAAAAAGAAACAUGGAACAAGAGUUGCAAAGGAAGUUGGAAGAGAAACUUGAGCACGUGAAAAGUAGACACCGGAUCAGUGUAGAAGUAGCCAAGAGGAUUCAAGAACAACUGGCUGCUAUCAUGACUGGAAUGCAACAGGUUAUCUACUCUUAA